GUUAGAAAACGCAAGUCUGGCAAAGCCAAAACGCGGUUGUACACUGUUCAAUUCACGGGGUGUUUUUCUUUUGCUUCUAUUACUUGAAACCUUUUCUCUCUCCCACCAACCACCAAUAUAUAUUAACCCCUCCACCCUCUUGAAUUCUUCACACAACAACAUCAAAAGCAGCAACAACAUGCAAGUCCAAGAGGAAUUACUUGUGGUUUCCAAGGAUCACACCCAAAUGAUGAUGAUCAAGGGCAAAAGAACCAAGCGUCAAAGAGCACCAUCCCCUCUUAGGCUAGCCAUGCCUUAUAAUUCAACCUCAAGUAAUAGUAGCACCAACAAUUCCAUUGAUAGUGCCACAACCUCCUUACCCUCUCCCUCUCCCACCAACAACACAAUUGAAUUUCGAGAAGACCAAGACAUGGCGAAUUGUCUCAUCCUUCUCGCUCAAGGCAGAUACCACGUGGCAGCACCAACGCCGCAUCACAACAAUAACAACAACGACGACGACAACCUCAAAAAGUCAACAAGCCUAUACCUUUACCAGUGCAAGACUUGCAACAGAUGCUUCCCUUCAUUCCAAGCACUUGGAGGACACAGAGCAAGUCACAAGAAGCCUAAGCAAAACGGCACCUUUUCAUCAGAAGCAGUUACUAAUUUCAUUGAAGAGAAUAAUGAUCGUUAUGACCCCACCACAAGUACCACCCUCUCUUUGAAAACACCAAAUGGUGUUAGUAAUUUGUGUGGCACCAUCACUGCCACAACAACAACAACAACAACAAAAGCUAAUAAGGUUCACGAGUGUUCUAUCUGUGGUGCUGAAUUCUCAUCAGGGCAAGCCUUGGGGGGCCACAUGAGGCGUCAUAGAACUCUUGUGAAUGCUUCUAUGACAACUUCUAUGAGGGGUGGAAAUGUUGUUGGUAGCAAUGAAUUUCAAGAAGCGAAGAAACCCUUGAAGUUGGACUUGAAUCUUCCAGCACUACCAGAGGAUGAUCAUCAUAGAGAAUCCAAGUUUUCGUUUCAACAAAGAGAAAAAAACGUUAUUGUCUUCUCUAAGUCUUCUUUGGUGGAUUGCCAUUACUGAAUUUGUGUAGUCUGUGUUUUUCUUUAAAUUAACCUCAUCACCAAGAACCUAUUUGUAUUCAGUGUUAAUUGCCUUACUUUUUAUUUUUAUUUGUUUCGUUUCAACUUGUAUAUAUGGUGAUUCUUUCCAUUUA